AAGAGUGCGGGAAAUUUUAAUACGUAUUUUGGCUCUUCUUUUUAUUUAUCUUUUAUUUUCUUAUUAUUGCUGGUUAACUCAUGAAAAAUCAUUGGUUAUAAUUUUCAUUUCAAUCCAUUUCAAACUGCCUAAGAUUUGACUAAAAUCAGAAUGGCAAAAGUUAAUAUUUGUAAUGUGACAGUUCUUGAUAAUCCUUCGCCAUAUUUCAAUCCAUUUCAAUUUGAAAUUACGUUUGAAUGCUUGGAGGAUCUUAGCGAAGAUCUAGAGUGGAAACUUAUAUAUGUUGGUUCUGCUGAAAGUUCUGAUCAUGAUCAAGUACUGGAUUCUGUUUUGGUUGGACCAGUUCCUGAGGGAAGACAUAUGUUUGUAUUUCAGGCUGACAGUCCAGACCCAAAAAGAAUCCCAAUUCAAGAUGCAAUUGGAGUGACAGUGCUUCUUCUAACUUGUGCAUAUCGAGGACAGGAGUUUGUGAGGAUUGGAUACUACAUCAAUAAUGAAUAUAUUGAUCCUGAACUAAAAGAAAAUCCACCAGAUAAAACAGAUUUUCAGAAGUUGCAAAGAAAUAUUCUUUCUUCUGAACCGAGAGUCACUCGAUUUAAAAUUGAAUGGGAUACUGUAAAAGAUGAAAAGGAGGAAAGAAAAACCUGCAUCCAAGGUUCAGAACAAACUGCUAUGAUAACUGGAUAGAAUCUGGAAAUAGAACUUUAUUAUCUCAUUUUGUUUCUGAACGUUCAUUUUCUAUUCUGUAAAUACACCGCAAAACGUAGAGUAAAAUAGUUUAGUUAUAGCUUUAAUUGUUUCCAUUUUUGACUGUCAAUGGUGGCCCGUCUCUAUCCCGCAUCAUCAACUUUAAAAACUGCGCCUCUUCGAAAACCAACAUUUGAUUGCUAAUUGUAAAAUCAGUCUAAGUUUGUUCAUUUUGUUUGAUAUAUAUCAUUAAUGUCUCUACCAAUCCUCAUCUACGAUACAA